AUGGAAAACAAAGAAGAGGAAAAGGUCUAUGUUAAGACUGCCGGUGGUAACGCUGCUUUCCACAACUACAUUAAUGAUUUUGCCCACAUCGAGGAUCCUCUGGAAAGAAGAAGAUUGGCCUUGAAUAAGAUUGACAAUGCAAGCUUUGGAUGGUACCACAUCCGUGCUAUUUGUGUUGCUGGUGUUGGUUUCUUGACAGAUUCUUACGAUAUUUUCGCUAUUAACUUGGGUGUUUCCAUGAUUGAAUUCGUUUACUGGAAGGGUAAGAUGCCUUCUUCCACAUCUACCUUGAUUAAGGUUUCUACUUCUGUUGGUACUGUUCUUGGUCAAUUUGGUUUCGGUGUUUUGGCUGAUGUCGUUGGUCGUAAGAAGAUUUACGGUACUGAAUUGAUUGUUAUGAUUGCUGCUACUGUCUUGCAAUGUACUUUGGGUCACUCCCCAGCAGUUAACUUUGUUGCCGUGUUUGUAUUUUACAGAAUUAUUAUGGGUAUUGGUAUCGGUGGUGACUACCCAUUGUCUUCCAUUAUCACUUCUGAAUUCUCUACUACCAAAUGGAGAGGUGCCAUCAUGGGUGCUGUCUUUGCCAACCAAGCCUUCGGUCAAAUUGCUGCCGGUAUCAUCGCUCUGAUUUUGGUUGCUGCUUACAAGUCCAAGUUGGAACACUUCACUGGUGCCACCUGUGACGCUGAAUGUAUUAGAGCUUGUGACCAAAUGUGGAGAGUUUUGAUCGGUAUGGGUUGUGUUCCAGGUUGUGUUGCUUUGUACUUCAGAUUGACCAUCCCAGAAUCUCCUCGUUACACCUUCGAUGUUGAAGUUGACAUCAACAAGGCCGCUGCUGACGCUGCUAAGUUCACUUCUGGUGAACACGGUAAUGCCGACACCGAAGACAUUGCUAGAUUGGAAAGAGCCCCAACUGCCGUUGAAGCUAUGGAAAUCAAGCCACCAGCUGCCUCCUUCGGUGACUUCUGCAGACAUUUCAGACAAUGGAAGCACAUGAAGAUCAUUCUAGGUACCUCUCUAUCCUGGUUCUUCCUUGACGUUGCCUUUUACGGUAUUUCUUUGAACUCUGCUGUUAUUUUGCAAACUAUUGGUUACGCUAGUUCUAAGGAUGUCUACAAGAAGUUGUACAACUCCGCUGUUGGUAACUUGAUUUUGAUUUGUGCCGGUUCUCUGCCAGGUUACUGGGCUUCCGUUGCCACCAUCGACACCAUUGGUAGAAAGCCAAUCCAAGUCGGUGGUUUCAUCAUCUUGACCAUUUUGUUCUGUAUUAUCGGUUUCCGUUACGAUCAAUUAGGUGACCAUGGUUUGUUGGCCUUGUACGUCUUGUGUCAAUUCUUCUUCAACUUUGGUCCAAACGUUACUACCUUUAUUGUUCCAGGUGAAGCCUUCCCAACCAGAUACAGAUCUACUGCCCAUGGUAUCUCUGCAGCUUCUGGUAAGAUUGGUUCCAUUAUUGCUCAAACUGCUCUAGGUACUCUAAUCGACCACAACUGUAAGAAGGACCACAAGAAGACCAACUGUUGGUUGCCACACGUUAUGCAAAUCUUCGCUUUGUUCAUGUUGUGUGGUAUUUUCUCCUCCUUGUUGAUUCCAGAAACAAAGAGAAAGACCUUGGAACAAAUCAGUGAAGAAUAUCACGGUGAAAUCGAUCCAUCGAGAUAUGCUACUCCUUCAGGUAAGGCACAUGAUUCUGCUUCUUCUCAAAUUGAAACAGUAUAG